UUGACGUUAAACUCCAUUGAGGAAACACCAACACUUCAUCCACUGUCACAACUGUGUGGUGAAUAGUUGCAUUUCGGAGGUGACUGUGUGUCUGUCUGCUGUCUCUGUCUUCAGUGUCUCUAAGUAUCGUUAUGUCCUGUCUUCGUCUCUGACCUGAGGAACCGAGUACGAAACCAAACAUGGACGCUGAUCCUCAGCAAGCAGAUAAUAAUACGACAGAAAAUGAAUCGACAGUGCGUCCAUCGAGGAUGACCAGACAGCAGGUCCUCACACUGAUGUCCAUGGCCUCUGUCAACUUCAGCUCAAUGAUCUGCUACUCAAUAUUAGGACCCUUUUUCCCCAAUGAGGCGAUAAAGAAAGGAGCCAGUCAGACCACUGUUGGCCUCAUAUUUGGUUGCUACGCUGUCUGCAAUUUGAUUGGUUCAUUGGUGCUGGGAAAAUAUAUCGUCCAAAUUGGUGCAAAGUUCAUGCUGGUUGCAGGGCUUUUUGUGUCAUCAGGCUGCACCAUUAUGUUUGGAUUACUUGAUCGGGCUCCUGCAGGACCUGCUUUCAUUACUUUGUGCUUUAUAGUGAGGUCAGUGGACGCCGUGGGCUUUGCAGCAGCUAUGACCUCCUCUUUUGCCCUGACAGCAAAAAUAUUCCCAAACAAUGUGGCAACUGUUUUGGGUAGUUUGGAAAUUUUUACUGGACUGGGUCUGAUUCUGGGGCCACCAGUUGGAGGAUGGUUUUACCAGUCAUUUGGAUAUGAAGUCCCUUUUAUGCUUCUUGGGUGUUUCCUGUUGGUGAUGGUUCCCUUCAACAUUUACAUCCUGCCUUCCAUUGAUGCUGUUCCCUCCAAAGACUCUUUCUUUCGACUUCUCACUCACUUUAAAAUAGUGCUUAUCUGCUAUGCGAUAUUCACACUCAGUGCAGGCCUGGGCUUCUUGGAUGCCACAUUGUCUCUUUUUGCAAUAGAGAAGUUUAAACUCACCCCUGGGUAUGUAGGCCUCAUCAUGCUUGGUUUAUCAUUGCCGUACUGUCUGGCCUCACCUUUGAUGGGAUACUUCACUGAUAAAUAUCCUGCCACCAGGAGGUGGUUUAUGGUGAUGGGAGGCAUCAUCACCGCACUGGGCUUCUGUCUGCUCGGUCCAGCUCCCUUCUUGCACAUCCCCAGUCAGCUGUGGCUGCUGGUCCUCAUGCUUGGUCUAAUUGGGUUUUCUCUGGGCAUGACUGCAAUCCCAACAUUCCCUGAGAUCAUCACAUGUGCAUAUCAGAAUGGCUUUGAAGAAGGGCUCAGUACUCUAGGGAUGGUGUCUGGACUGUUUGGGGCGGUUUGGUCCAUGGGGAUGUUUUACGGACCAAUAGUGGGGGGCCUCAUCACACAACAUCUGAGCUUUGAGUGGGCUGCUGUUGUCCAAGCAGGUUUGGGAUUCUUGGCUGCCUUCCUCCUCGCUAUUUAUUACGCCUGUGAAGGACCGCAACGGAAAAGGGUUCCAGAUGAUACGAGACAAACUGAUGAAAGCACUCCGCUGCUGAAUGAAUGAAACUCAUGAAACACAUGAAUGGACUUCAUAAAGGACACGAGUCAUAGAAGUUUGGAACGAUCUGUCUUUUCCAUUGUAAUUAGUUACACGUUGCAGUGCUUUAUCAAUAUCUGAGCAUCAUUGAGUCAUGUUCUGAAUCUGGAGAAGAAGUAGAUUAUUGCUUUUUCCAAGUUGAUUAUAACAUGAAUGAACACAGUCAUCAGUCACAGGAUGUUCAAACUAAAUGUGCCUUUUGUUCUGGAGCUCUCAAGUAAUAAUAGACUGACUUCCUCAUCACAUGAUGUGGAAUUUAUGUGAUGUUAGACAAGAGCUUCAGUCCACAAUCAUAAUAAAAGAGAUGUCAAUGAGUUGACUAAAAUCAUCAAACUUAUCAGAAAGAAGUCAUGGAAUAGAAUUUUUAGCAGCAAACUCAUAAACUCAAAAUUUUGUUUUUUGUUUUACUCUUAAAAUGACAUUAUUCCUAGAGUGGGGUUUGCCCUGUCUUGAUGCAAAUAUUCACUCUACAUUGUCUACAAGGAAAUUCACAAAAUAACAGAGAACAAGCUGGUCAGACGAGGAUGAAGAUGAGGAUGCUAAAGCCAAACUAAACAUGGAGUCAAACUCAAGGGUUUUCCACAGGUGUAAGUUCAGCAGUGGCUUUUCGCUGUCGUUAUUUAACUGAGAAUGCCACAUUUUUGCAUCAUAUUGGUUCCGUAUUACAUUUACUCAUUUGUUGCUCCGGCUCCUCCCACCAUCCAAAGACAUGCACUGAUAGGUUAAUGGGUUAAUCUAAAUUGCCCAUAGGUGUGAAUGUGAGAGUGAUUGUUUGUCUCUAUAUGUCAGCCCUGCGAUGAACUGGCG